AUGCGCACCCUUUUGCUCCUUUUUGGAGCGUUGGUUAUACACCCCCUAGCGCAAGCACAAACAUGGACAGAAUGCAAUCCAAUGGAAAAAACCUGCCCAAACAAUCCUGCUUUUGGAACUAGUCGUAAUUUUAUCUUUAACACAUCCUCAACUGUCACGAAUUCAUUCAAUAUUACCGCUGGAGCACUAAAGUAUGGCACUGGUAACGCAGCUUUUACUGUCUCUAAAAGAGGAGACUCUCCUACAAUUCAAUCAAAGUUUUAUAUCAUGUUUGGAUCAGUCAGCGUUAUAAUGAAGGCUGCCUCCGGCCAAGGAAUAAUUUCUUCCAUUGUGUUGCAAUCGGAAGAUCUAGAUGAGGUAGAUUGGGAGUUCCUAGGAGGUAACAACACGCAUGUCGAGUCAAAUUACUUUGGUAAAGGAAAUAUUACAUCUUUUGACCGGGCUGUUUAUCAUCCUGUCUCGUUUGAUCCUCAGGCCGACUUUCACAACUAUUCAAUACACUGGACUUCUGAAAAGUUGGAAUGGUGGAUUGAUUCUAACCUAAUUCGUACCCUCCCUUAUGCUGAGGCUAAUGGUGGGCACAACUAUCCACAGACCCCCGCUACCAUUCGCCUCGGAAUCUGGCCCGGUGGAGACAAGGCCAAUAACGCUGGAACUAUUGAUUGGGCCGGCGGCCUAACUGAUUUUAGCAAGGGCCCUUUUACCAUGGAAAUCCAAAGCGCACAGAUAUCAGAUUUCGGCUCUGGUAAGGAGUACGAAUGGACUGAUCGAUCUGGUAGUUGGGAAUCUAUAAAAGCGGUGCCCGGAAACUCAACAGCUUUGAAAGUGCUUCUCAAAGCCGAUGAGCCUCCUCCACCAACCGUAGCUGAGCGGUUUGCAGCCCUUCCCUCUGGUACAAAGCUGGCAAUAUAUUGUGCCGGUGGCGGAAUUAUGGCCCUGCUGCUCUCUAUUGCAUUUUUUACCUGCCACCGAUCGCGUCGUAGAGGCCGACUUGAACGAGAGGCCUACGAUGCCAAGAUGGAGAAAGAACGUGAUGAAAUACAAAGGGAUCUUGUGGAGAUUCGCGCCAAAGGAUUUACUAGCCGGACGACUGGCGCAAUCCAAAAAGAAGAGGAAAGUGAACUCGAAAAAUUUGGAAGUACUAGCGAAUAUGGAGCUAGUCCACCGCACGCCUCUACCAUACAAACGCACCCUCAAAUUGCCAUCUCAAACUAUGAUAUGAGUACGGGAAACCAAUCACCUGAACCUGAAAAUACAAAUAAUUCAAACGUGCACAAUAUACCCAAUAAACCGCGGUUUCCUCUUGAAAGUUAA